AUGGAGGGCGCUCUAGUUCAGUCUGCGAUUGUUCCAACCGUUUACAGAAGCAGCUUAGGUCGGUUCCGCGCGCGUGCAAGGGCCAGAACAAAUGCUACAAUGGUGCGGAAUAUGCCAACAAGGACUCUUACUCUUGGUGGCUUCCAAGGGCUGCGUCAGACAAAUUUUUUGGAUACAAGGUCCGUGAUUAAGCGUGACUUUGGAUCGAUCGUGGCAAGUCAGAUUGCAAGGCCGCACGGGUCGGCCUCGAGAGGGGUGGUUCGUGCCAUGUUUGAACGCUUCACUGAGAAAGCAAUCAAGGUGAUUAUGCUCGCGCAGGAGGAGGCAAGGCGCCUUGGACACAACUUUGUUGGGACAGAGCAGAUUUUGCUGGGGCUUAUUGGUGAGGGCACGGGAAUUGCGGCGAAGGUUCUGAAGUCUAUGGGAAUCAAUCUUAAGGAUGCCCGAGUGGAAGUCGAAAAGAUAAUUGGACGUGGCAGUGGGUUUGUGGCUGUUGAAAUCCCAUUCACGCCUCGUGCAAAACGUGGACUGAUGUUUGAUAAUGAUGUUCAGGUCAUAAGAAUGGUUGGGGAAAGCACAGAAGCUGUUGGGGCUGGAGUUGGUGGAGGAAGCAGUGGCCAGAAGAUGCCCACACUUGAAGAAUACGGUACUAAUUUGACGAAAUUAGCAGAAGAGGGCAAAUUGGACCCAGUUGUUGGUAGACGAGAUCAGAUUGAGCGUGUUACUCAGAUUUUGGGCAGGCGGACAAAGAACAACCCCUGCCUAAUUGGAGAGCCUGGUGUUGGAAAGACUGCUAUUGCUGAGGGGCUUGCUCAACGUAUUUCCAAUGGGGAUGUUCCUGAAACAAUUGAAGGAAAGAAGGUUAUUACUCUUGACAUGGGACUCCUUGUUGCUGGAACUAAAUACCGUGGAGAGUUUGAAGAGAGACUAAAGAAACUUAUGGAGGAAAUUAAGCAAAAUGAAGACAUUAUUCUCUUUAUUGAUGAAGUGCACACACUGAUUGGAGCAGGUGCAGCAGAAGGUGCGAUUGAUGCUGCUAAUAUUUUGAAGCCAGCUCUUGCAAGAGGUGAACUGCAGUGCAUUGGUGCCACAACGCUGGAUGAGUAUAGGAAGCAUAUAGAGAAAGAUCCUGCCUUGGAAAGAAGGUUUCAACCAGUUAAGGUUCCGGAGCCUACUGUCGAUGAAACAAUACAGAUCUUAAGAGGACUUCGUGAGAGAUAUGAACUCCAUCACAAAUUGCGAUACACAGAUGAUGCUUUAAUUGCUGCUGCACAGCUGUCUUAUCAGUAUAUCAGUGAUCGUUUCCUGCCUGACAAGGCCAUUGACUUGAUUGAUGAAGCUGGAUCCCGUGUUAGGCUGAGGCAUGCCCAGCUCCCUGAUGAAGCCAAAGAGCUGGACAAAGAGUUGCGGCAGAUAACCAAGCAGAAAAAUGAGGCUGUACGCGGCCAAGAUUUUGAGAAGGCUGGUGAAUUAAGGGACCGAGAAAUGGAGCUUAAGGCUCAAAUUACAGCCAUUAUUGACAAGAGCAAGGAAAUGAUUAAAGCAGAGACUGAGUCUGGUGAAGUCGGUCCUCUUGUUACUGAGGCGGACAUUCAACAUAUUGUCUCCUCUUGGACUGGAAUUCCUGUGGAGAAAGUAUCAUCUGAUGAGUCUGACCGCCUCCUAAAGAUGGAAGAGACGCUGCAUACACGUAUCAUUGGACAGGAUGAGGCUGUCAAAGCUAUUAGUCGUGCUAUCCGCCGUGCUCGUGUUGGCCUCAAAAAUCCAAAUAGGCCAAUUGCCAGCUUCAUAUUCUCUGGACCAACUGGAGUUGGCAAAUCAGAGCUAGCAAAGGCUCUGGCGGCCUACUACUUUGGCUCAGAGGAGGCUAUGAUCAGGCUUGACAUGAGUGAGUUCAUGGAGAGACAUACUGUCUCCAAACUCAUUGGAUCACCUCCAGGUUAUGUUGGGUACACUGAGGGAGGCCAACUAACUGAAGCAGUCCGUCGCCGCCCGUACACAGUUGUUCUCUUUGAUGAGAUUGAGAAGGCACAUCCAGAUGUUUUCAACAUGAUGCUUCAGAUCUUAGAAGAUGGGCGGUUAACUGAUAGCAAGGGGCGCACAGUUGACUUCAAGAACACACUAUUGAUCAUGACAUCUAAUGUUGGGAGCAGUGUCAUUGAGAAGGGAGGCCGUAAGAUUGGGUUCGACCUUGACUAUGAUGAGAAAGACACAAGCUAUAACAGGAUCAAGAGCCUUGUGACUGAGGAGUUGAAGCAGUACUUCCGGCCAGAGUUCUUGAACAGAUUGGAUGAGAUGAUUGUAUUCCGGCAGCUGACUAAAUUGGAGGUGAAGGACAUUGCAGACAUUAUGCUGAAAGAAGUGUUUGACAGGCUGAAGGCCAAGGACAUUAAUCUCCAGGUUACGGAGAAGUUCCGAGAUAGAGUUGUUGACGAAGGUUAUAACCCGAGCUAUGGUGCCAGACCUUUGCGGCGUGCUAUCAUGAGACUUCUGGAGGAUAGUCUGGCAGAAAAGAUGCUGGCUGGUGAGGUGAAAGAAGGUGACUCUGCCAUCGUUGAUGUGGAUUCAGAUGGCAAGGUAAUAGUCCUGAAUGGUGGCAGCGGUGUUGCUGAGCCACUGGAACCUGCCCUCAGUACCUAA